AUGCGAUUCUCAUCUCUCGUUUCUUUCGCCAUCACAGGCGCAUCUCUAUGCACAGCGCUGCCUACAAAUCUCACCAACUUCCUGCUCGUCACCACAUCGCAAAUAGAUGCAAGUGCGAACACUUCUGAACUCAAAGCCGUCUCCGCCACUUCACUAUUCGACCCGUUCCACCAACCCGCCCUUCUUCUCCGCCUGACAGGUCCCGGUUAUGGCUCCCUCCCCAACUUUACCCUGGCAGACGGGACACUAUCCACCAUCGCCCUAGCACCCUUUAGCACCACCGAGUACAAACAGUUCAACAGUACCGUUGUGACGAGUGGAUCGGAGCUACAGUUCCUUGCUUCAAUGCAGCCAGCGGGAAAUAUUGCCUUGGACGAGGGAUACUUGCUGACUGUGGACGGCCAAAGAGAGGGUUGGACGAUCUGCGAAGGUGACCUGGAUCAGGAGGUGUUGAGCUGGAGGAGCAAUGCGACUGAUUGUACCAAGACGUAUGUGCAUGCUGUAUUGAAGGCACCCUACUAG